AUGGCGAGAGAUCCCAUCACCAUAGCCUGCAUCCGGAGAGGGGCAGAUAGGCUGGGGCCUCCUCUUGACAUACUGCUGGAUUCACUGAACUGCACAGCAUUCAGCGUGCAAUGGAGGAUGCCAAAGCAGCAUGCGAGCACCAUCACGGGAUAUACGGUCUUUUACUCAGAGGUUGAAGAUGACAAAGCAGUUAAACAGCUCUCACACGAUGUUCCCCUGAGUUUGGAUAUGCUUAGCAUGGGUCAACUUGAAGGACAAGCAGUUUUUGAAGUUGUUAUCGGUGAUCUAAAGCCAGGCACUCCACACCGCGUUAGCGUGGGAGCAUACGGCUGGGCAGGGAAAGGACGACCCAGCAUGCCCAGAGACGUGACAACCUUAUCCCAAGAUAAGUGCAUGCCCCCUGCACCGCCCUAUCAGCCUCAGGUCGUGGUAGUUUCUGAUUCAGAAGUUGCGUUAUCCUGGAAGCCUGGAGCGAGCGAAGGAAGUUCUCCCAUCCAGUACUACACAGUGGAGUUUAUCAGGCCAGACCUUGACAGCAACUGGACGAUAAUAAGAGAGCAGAUCCAGAUGGAGUCCAUGGUUCUCAAAGGACUGCUCCCAAACACCAAGUAUCAGUUUGCUGUCCGAGCAGCAAACUCCUACGGAUCCAGCCCUGCCAGUGCACCGAGCGAUAUCAUCCGAACAUUCAGCUCUGAGGAGCUAGGAAGUGGAAGCUAUGGGCAUCAGUACAUCACAGACACAGCGACUAGUGAUGAUGAUGGAUUUGAUAUUGAUGACUCAGACUACGACAUUUACAUAGAAGAGCUCAGACCUCUUCCUGCUAUCAAAGGAGGCAACAGAAAAUUUCUGGUCGAAACUAAGGUUACGCCAGGGUCUAGUUCCAGGCUCCUGUCACGGGUCCUUACAACCACGUCUGAAGCCACUACUUCCACUCCCACCACCACACGGCCUUCAACCACAGCAAGAGCGACUACAGCUCGGGCAGCGAGGAGGGGCGGCACGUCUUCUGCAACGCGCCUCUUUGAUCUCUCCUGUGAUGAGGCCAUCUGUUCUGCAGACAGCUUUUGCGUCAAUGACUACGACCAGGGUGGCUCACGCUGCCACUGCAACUUGGGAAAAGGAGGAGAGACAUGUGCGGAAGAUAUUGUUAUCCAGUAUCCUCAGUUCUCUGGCCAUUCAUACAUUACGUUUGAACCACUGAAAAACUCAUAUCAGACAUUUCAAAUUACCCUUGAAUUCAGGGCUGAAUCAGAAGAUGGUUUGCUGCUAUACUGUGGAGAAAAUGAACACGGUCGUGGUGAUUUUAUGUCACUGGCAAUCAUCCGACGUAGCAUCCAGUUCAGGUUCAACUGUGGCACUGGAGUUGCAGUCAUAACAAGUGAAAACAAAAUCAGGCAGGGCAACUGGCACAGUGUCACAUUGUUCAGAGAUGGUAUGAAUGGCUGGCUUAGGAUGGACAAUGAUGCUCCAGUGACAGGAAAAUCUCAGGGCCAAUACAGUAAAAUUACGUUCCGGACUCCCUUCUACGUUGGCGGUGCCCCCAGCGUGUACUGGCUGGUCAGAGCCACAGGCACCAACCGUGGGUUUCAGGGCUGUGUCCAGUUGCUCAGCAUCAACGGAAAGAUAAUUGAUAUGAGACCCUGGCCAUUAGGGAAAGCUCUCAGUGGUGCUGAUGUUGGUGAGUGUAGCAGUGGCAUCUGUGACGAGGCGUCCUGCAUCAACAGCGGUACCUGUACUGCAAGCAAAGCAGAUUCAUACAUUUGCCUUUGCCCUCUUGGAUUUAAAGGCCAUCAUUGUGAAGAAGCACUCACCUUGGCCAUACCUCAGUUCAACGAGUCCUUAAGGUCAUUUGCUAGCACACCCUGGCCCUUGGAACCACAGAAUUACCUUUCCUUCAUGGAGUUUGAGAUGACAUUUCGUCCAGAUUUAGAGACUGGUGUCCUUUUGUACAGCUACGACACAAACAGCAAGGACUUCCUCUCCAUUAACAUGGUGGCUGGUUACGUGGAGUUCAGGUUCGACUGUGGCUCAGGAACGGCUGUUAUCAGGAGUGAAGAACCUGUCAGUCUGGGUCAAUGGCAUGAGUUGCGAGUGUCUCGCACAGCGAAGAACGGUAUCCUACAAGUGGACAAACAAAAGCCAGUGGAAGGGACGGCAGAGGGGGCUUUCACGCAGAUUAAGUGCAGCUCUGAAAUAUUUAUUGGUGGAGUCCCUAGUUAUGAUGCUGUGAAGAAGAACUCUGGGAUCCUCAGACCCUUCAGCGGGAGCAUCCAGAAGAUUAUCUUGAAUGACUGGACAAUUGAUAUGAAACAGGAUUUCACUUUUGGAAUCAACCUGGUGAAUACUGCCCACCCCUGCGUGAGCUCACCAUGUGCAAAUGGAGGCACCUGUGUUCCCAAGAAGGACAGCUAUGAAUGUGACUGUCCCCUGGGCUUCGAUGGGCACCAUUGCCAAAAAGAGUGUGGAAGUUACUGCCUAAACACCAUUACAGAAGCAAUUGAAAUCCCACAGUUUAUUGGUCGCAGUUACCUCACAUAUGAUAAUCCAGAUAUCCUGAAAAGGGUCUCAGGAUCAAGAACAAAUGUGUUCAUGAGGUUUAAAACCACAAUGAAGGAAGGUCUUUUGAUGUGGAGGGGAGACAGUCCCAUGCGACCUAACAGUGAUUUCAUUUCUCUAGGCCUUCAAGAAGGAGCAUUAAUAUUCAGCUACAAUUUGGGCAGCGGCAUUGCUUCCAUCGCGGUGAAUGGCUCUUUCAGUGACGGCCGGUGGCACAGAGUCAAGGCUGUUCGGGAUGGACAGUCUGGCAAAGUAACCUUGGACGAUUAUGGUGCCAGGACCGGUAAAUCCCCUGGGAAGAUGAGGCAGCUAAACAUCAAUGGAGAUCUCUAUGUAGGUGGCAUGAAGGAAAUAGCCCUGCACACGAACAGGCAGUACCUGCGGGGCCUGGUGGGCUGCAUCUCCCACCUCACGCUUUCAACCGACUACCACAUCUCGCUGGUGGAGGAUGCCACCGACGGGAAGAACAUCAACAUGUGUGGGACCAAGUGA